AUGAGCCUGCUGCGAUGGAUCGGCGUCAACUCGAGUGCAAGCCAGUCCGCCCAGAACCUCAACCCAAACGACCCGAGCAACGAGCAGUGGUGGGCCGGCUCAGACGAGAAGUACUUCGGAAUGGAAAACUUCGGCAACACGUGCUACGCCAACUCAGUCCUCCAAGCACUCUACUUCUGCAAACCAUUUCGCCAGCUACUCGAACUCUCAUCCCAGCAGCUCCCAAACCCCAGGAUCCCCCCCUCAUCAGAAUCACCCUCAUCGAACCAUUCGAAAAACCAUAGCAACCAGCUCCUGCUCACCAAGACCCUCACACCAUCAUCAACCUCAUCGCCAGCUCAUUCCCAGCAGCAGCCGCAGCCUCCCAAGAUCCAUCUCAAAACCGACCCCAACACCCUCUAUGGCACCCAGAAUCACCCAUCAGCCCCUCCAAAGACUUCGAUCCCCACACCAGCCAACCAUACCAAACGCAACUGGGCUGCAGCCGAUUUCGACCAAGGCGGCGUCGGCAAAUUCCAUCUCCCAUCCGCAAACCCCUCCAGCAGCAGCAGCCGAAACCAAACUAGUACCCCCCUGCAGGCCGACCCCGACCAACCAGAUCCGACGAUCUGCUCAUCCCUACGCGAUCUCUUCCGCCACAUCUCUGCUCAGCCUAAUUCGGUCGGCGCGGUAGCACCCCAGGCGUUCAUCACGACGCUCAAGCGCUACAACGAGCUCUUUCGGUCGACGAUGCACCAGGAUGCACACGAGUUCCUCAACUAUCUCGUCAACUCGGUCGCCGAAGAUGUGUUUGCAGAACAGGAGAAGAAACGCCAGGAGGACGAACGCUCAUCCUUACUCGAACCCACACCGCCCUCCCUCCAGAAAUCCAACAACAACAACAACAACAACACACCAUCUGUAACACUCGCCCAUCCACGCUCUACCUGGGUCCACAAACUGUUCGAAGGCGUCCUGACUAAUGAGACCAAAUGCUUGACAUGUGAGACUGUUACUCAGCGCGAUGAAAGCUUCCUCGAUCUGUCGAUCAAUAUCCAUCAAAACACCAGUUUGACCGCCUGUCUGCGUCAAUUUAGUGCUAGUGAAAUGCUCUGCCAAAAGAAUAAAUUCUCCUGCGAUCAAUGUUGCGGCUUACAAGAGGCUGAGAAAAGGAUGAAAAUCAAGAAACUCCCGAACGUCCUCGCGCUCCAUCUAAAACGCUUCAAAUACCAAGAAAACUUGCAACGAUAUACCAAGCUCAGCUACCGCGUCGUCUUCCCCUUCGAACUUAAGCUUUUCAACACCACCGACGACAUCCAAGACCCCGAUCGAUUGUAUGAGUUGUGGGCCAUCGUGGUGCACAUAGGCGCGGGGCCCCAUCAUGGCCAUUACGUGACGAUCCUCAAGUCGCACGGCCAAUGGCUACUCUUUGACGACAAUGUGGUGACGCGGAUCGAAGAGCGAGACAUCCAAAAGUACUACGGGGAUACUCCGAGUGUCGGCAGCGGCUACGUGCUCUUCUACCAAGCCACCGAUCUGGACCUGAUGGAUCUGAUGGGCGUGCCCCCCGAGCCUGAAGAUGUGGAAGAUGACUCAGAGGUGGGGACCGAGGAUAGUGACGAGAUUAUUCCGACGCUCGACGAUAGCUCCCAGGGUGGACUGUUCAGUGCGCACAGCUCUUCGCACGCUGCUACAGAGCUCAAGAAAGAGCUCCCUCAACUCGCCACAUGGAACGGUUUCCAGCCUCCAUCAUCCGCCGAGCGCACGCGGAAAAACUCGGUGCCCUUCUCGUCAGGCCUCUCUAGCUCCUCCUCGAAUAACACUCAUCCCUUACCAUCCUCAACGAGCGAUCGGGGCGAUCUGUCGACGUCUACAAAUAACUCCAAGCCACCUGAGCUAGCCAGCCAGCCAUCGCCCCAGCUGGGGGGCAAUCAUCCCAGCACAACCCUCCAAUCUCAUCAGCGGAAAUUCAGUGGAGCCGGCAUGGUAUCCAGGUCGCCUUCGACUGCCACCAAGUUCUCCUCACUGUCCCGAUCAGGUUCUCAUCUAGCACCCAACCCGAUCGAUGUCCGUUUCUCUCCCCAAUCUAGUCCCGACUCGGGGGGGCUUCUAUCACCCUUCCAGACCGGACCUUCGCUCCCGAAGAGCGUGUCCCCGAGUGCUCCAGUUCGGACGAUCCCCAAUCUGCCCUCGCCCAAGAUGCAUGACGAGGUCUCGAGCAGGUCGAACUUUGUUGCCUUCCUGCCAACCAGUCCGUUGACGAGCCCGCCGAGUAACGGCCAUCCUAGCAAGCCCCAAUCCGCCUCCUCUGCCCCCAAACUGCAUCGCAAGUUCUCGGCCAAGUUCUUGAGACGCAAGAAGUCCUCCACCACCACCACCUCGCCCGUCCAGCCACCCCCGACGGCCGAUCCGUCCCCGCACUCGACGAGCCCCAUCAUUGCUGCUGCUACUGGGGCUGAUCCUUUGGGCCUCGGACUAACCUCCCACGAGCACGUCGCCCGGAACACUCCUGGCCACUACUACCAUCAGCCCAUCCUCUCCUCUCCCCUCGGACCCGAUCCCACCGACAAACACCGCCACCCACAACAACACUUCUUCUCGCCUCGGCCGAUCACGGCAAGUUACCGACACAGUCUCUCGACUGCGCUCGAUCAUCCGACGGGCGCUGGGCCGAGUUACAACGGGGCCAACUCGCUCCCGCCCAGCCAACGGAACUCGGUCCACUCGGUCUUCCCCUCCUCCAUCUGCCAUCCCUCCGCGUUCAUCGGCGCCAGCCCCCACCCCACCUCCUCUCCCGCCCCUUCCUCCCCAUCCAUCGCCGCGUGUCCUAUCCUCAAGGGCGCCCAGAAGCCACCCGCAACCGCUAGUCUGACCGAGAAACAGCAGCGCGAGAUCAAGAAGGCCAGCGAGAAGGCCAACAAGAUCGCCGUCAAACACAAGCUUAAGGCGCUCAAAGACCGCUCCUUGAACUCCAAGCUCCUCCACGACCACAUCUCCAUCAUCCACAACACCCCCAAAGAUCUUUCGUCCUCCUCUUCUUCUCUCAAGCUCUCCCGCGCCCAUUCGCCCCACGAGGCCUCGCACCCAGUCGCCCCUCUGUCCCCGUCCCACCAGCCGGGGCUUCCGGGGAUCCAAGACGGCCGCGGCCACGGCCGGUUCCGCAGCGCCUCCGGCUCCACCUCGGGUCCUCCUGCCUCCAUCCCCUCUCCCCGUCUCGUGCCCGGGCCUCCACCCCCCGACCCCCGCCCCACGCCCCACCCGCUUCCUCCACCCUUGUCGUACCCUGCGUCCGGCCCUGUCUCCGCUUUCGCCAGAAACCCCCGCCUCCCUGCGUCCACCGCCAGACCCUCCUCGAUCCCCCCCGCCGACCUCCCCCCCGCUGCCGCGCCUGCCCCAAAACCCCUCUCCGGCUCCCAUCCUGUCCCCUCCUCAGGCUCGAUCGCCGACUUCUUCUUCCUCCGUAGAAAAUCCUCCGACGCUUCUUGA